GAAUGCAACAUUGUCUCUCUCAUAAAUGUAGUCUAUCUCAAUGUGUUUCGCUCACACAUGGCAUACUAGGUUCUUAGCUAUGUCUAUGGCUAACUGACUGUCAUAGUAAAUAGGGACAUGAUUAGUGAUUGAACAAUCCAAAUUAUGAAGAAUUCUACCAACCAAGCCACUUUUGCCAUAAGCCCAUAACUUUGCGCAAGGCUGUGUACUCUGCUCCUGCAGAGAAACGGUAGGUAUUUCUUGGACUUCCAAGAAACAGGAGAUCAACUAAAAGUAAUAUCAAAAUCAGUAACUGAUUUUUUUUUUUGAUCUAGUAAAUGUAUUUCAUUUCAUAAACAGGCCAUAAAUCGCCGUAUACAAAAAGUCCGCGCUAAGCCAGUGCAAUAAAACCUAACUACAGAUCGUGCAGAUCCCGUAUUAUAUCUGAUCUUAUUGAAAUUUGACAAGAAGCCCAAUCUGAACAACAAAGCAGCUAGCAAAUAUCUCAGUACAUGUAUAGCAUUUAACAUAUGAGGAUCCCUUGGAUCCUUGAGAAAUUGACUUAAGUAUUGGACUGCGAAGGUGAGUAUGCUGUUAAAAGUUCAAUUUACCAACAAGCCUUCUGUAUAUAAAAGGAUCAUGAAUGCAGUCACCUUCAGUUGGGGAUAACUUGACUGAGAAACUCAAGGGAGUAAGCACACUAGUCAAGGAACCACAAUUACAUUCAUGUAGAAGAUCCUAAGUAUACUUUAGUUGAUUGGCAAGGUAACCCAGUAUGAUGCACCUCAAGCUCUAGAAAAUAGUGCGGCAUUUCAAGAUAUUUAAUCUGGAACUGGUCAUCCAAGAAAGACUUAAGAGCAAACAUUUCAGGAAUAUUGGUAUCAUUCAACUAACAAAAUAUCAUCUACAUAGACUGUUAGAAAAACAAUAGAAUUUCCAUAACACUUGGUAAAUUAAGUAGUCAUUAUUGCACAUAACCCCUGGACAAUAAGGACUCAAAGUUUGGAAAAUCAUCGCCUAGAGCCCUGCUUCAACACUCAAAGAAACUUUUUAAGCUUACAUCAAAGGAGUUGAAGAAGAAGGGAAAUAAGUAGAAACAGUCAAACCGGGAGGUAUAUGCAUGUAGACUUCAUGGAAGUCACUAUGAAGAAAAACAUUAUUUACAUCUAGUUGAUAGAUUGUCCAACCCUUCUUGCUGGCAAUAGUGAGAAGGCAUUUGAUGGUAGUGUUUUAAUGACUGGUGAGGAAGUUUUAGUACAGUCUACACCUUCCUUUUGAUAAUCUCCAUUAUAACAAGCCUAGCCUUAUAACUGUGUUGCCUUCUGAAAAAACUAGCCUUGUAUCUUCAUUAUGACAUUUGAUUUAUCUCGUUUACCCAUUUACAAGGAAUUAUCUUCUGAUCUUGAGGAAGAAGAACAAUGUCACUAGUAUGAUUUGCAUAAAGAGCUUGAAUUCCUAUGGCAUAGCCUUUUGCCAAGCUGGAUUAGAAGCAACUUGUUGGUAAAACUGAGGUUCUUGCAUGUGAAGUUCAAUAAAAGUAACCUUAGAAGUAAUAGCAAUGUGCGAACUUAUAUAGUCUUGAAAGUACGGAAGAGGAUUGAAAGAUUUAGCAGAUCUUCUGAGAGCUACAAAUGGUACAUAUUGUUGAACAUUAGAUCCAUUUAUUUACACGGUAUCAGAGCAGGAUCCAUCCCAAUUAUUGUUUCCCGAUAGUGGGCCCAUUAUUAAAAAUUGCUUACUCACUAGAUGUCCAUCCCGGGGCGUGAGGUGGGGUGUUAAAAUAUCCCACAUCGGUGGUUUAAGGGAUGGGUGGACUCCUUAUAUGGACUUGGGCAAUCCUCCCUCACAACCUAGCUUUCGGGUUGAGUUAGGCCCAAGAUCCAUUUCUUUACAAUAGGCAACAGGGGAAGAAAUAGGCAAAGUAUCUGAAGCUGGACUAGAAGGAGAAGGGGUAGAAGAUGACGGAGUAGCAGGAGGAGGCUGGGAUUCAACACAAGGUGAAGUUGAAGCAGGAGAAGAAAUAGGAAGUUGAGAGGAAGAGAAGCGAUAAGGAAAGACUUGUUCAUGAAAGGUAAUAUCCCUGGAGUAGAAGAUGGAGUGAGAGAAAGAUUUAGGAGUCUGCAUCCCUUUUUAACUGAAAGAUGCCCCCAAAAUACACAAGCAACUGCCCUUGGCUAAAACUUUUUCCUACCAUAUUUAGGUAGAGUUGCAAAUUAGAGACAACCAAAGAACUUAAAUGAUCAUAAGAUGGAGGAGAAUCAUUGAGUUUGUCAAAAGACGAUAAAUUUUGUAAUACUGAGGAAGGAAAUCUAUUGAUGAGAUAGGUGGCAGUGAAUACGUAAUCCCCCAUCACUUUAUAUGAAGCCUAGAUUGAUAUAAAAUGAAUUUUCAUUCUAAAAAAAAUGUAUAAAAAGGGAUUUAUUGGUUUCAAGUAGAUGCUGGUGCUUUCUCUCUACCACUCCCUUUUAUUGACGAGUAUGAGGAACUACAGUUUGAUAUAAAAUGCCAGAUUUAAAGAAGAAAGCGGAGGCUUCAGAUCUACUGCCUAACUCAUAUGCAUUGUCAGAUCUGAUGAUUUUGAUAGAGGCUUGAAAAGGGUUCUCUACCAUGAAAACAAAAGCUUUUUUUUUUUUUUUUUUUGAAACUGGUAACUGUAAGAAAACAAAAGUUUUAAUGAUGGAUAAUGAAUUGUUUUAGUAAGAAAGAAGGUGUGUCCAUGUCACUCUUGUAUAAUCAUCUAUAAUGGUGAGAAAAUAUCUGACUCAUUGUGUGUUUUAAGAUUGUAUGGUCCCCAAAGGUCAAUAUGUAUAAGUUGGAAAGGUAUUGUAGAUUUUGUAGUGCUAUCUGAAAAAAGCAUCUUUGUUGUCUUGCUACGGGGCACACAGAACAAAUGAAAGGUUGUUUGGAUGAAAUUUUAUCUCUGAGAAAAGGAACAUACAGCAUUUUGUAUAAGGCAUGUGACACCCUUUUUGGUGCCAAAAAGUAUCAGUCUUAUGCUUAGUAAAAGAAUUUACAGUAUUGGCAUUGCAAAAAUAGACAUUGCAGGAGUGGAAACUAUUCACAACGGCAUUAUCUGUAAAUUGCAUAGAUACAGAAGAAUGAGCAACAGUAGCAGAAACCUCGGAUUCACAAAUGCAGAGUCCAUUUGCAACUUUAUCAAUUGCCAAUGGCCUCUUAGAGAAAGGGCCUUGUAUAGUACAAGAGCAAUUGGUAAAGACAAUAGAACAUCGUAAUUGAUUGAGCAAUUGAUGUACUGAAAUGAGGUUGAAUUGAAAGGAAGGUACAAGAAAUACAUUCUGUAAGACGAUGUCUGAAGUCAGCUUUAGGGAACUAGUAGAGACUACUUCUACCUUGUAACCAUUGGGAGAGUAAUAAGAUAAGGAAAUGGAAGGGAGUAGUUGAGAAUAAACGCUUUUAGUUUCCAAGAAACUUGGCAAAACAUGUUAUAAGCCUGAUGUUGCAUUACUCAUUGUUGACCCCCCAUAUUAUGGCAUUCAUGUUCCAGAUGUCCAGUCCAAGCAUGCUAGACUCCCACAUUGAUUGGGAGUAUGUGUUGUAGUCUCUUUAUAUGGUCUUGGACAAUAUCAUCGCAUGAGUUAACCUUUUGGGUUGAUGUAAGUCCAUAUCCUUUUUCCUCAAACACUUUCCUCUUGCUACUUAUUGCAAUAAAGUAUUCAAACAAGGAUAGGUUAUGUGGAAUUGUAGAAUAAAUUAUUUAUGCAGAAAGCCAAAAAUAUUUUAGGAUUUGGAUCUGCACAACCAAAUAAUAUUUGUGGAAUUUAAAUGGACCAAAGCAUAGGGAUGAUUUUAAUAAAAUGAAUAGGAUAUGAUUUGAAGAAGGUGAACAAGAGGUCUGUAAACGUGUUGCACUAUUCAGCCUAUUUGGGAACUGGGAAGUAGCUGUAAGGCUCUCAAAAACAUAGAGGAAGGGUAAAACGAGAAUGUUCGGAGACCAAUAUUCUAAGGAAAGAUGUUUCCUAAAGAAACAUAUAUAUACUUCCUCACAGUUGCCUAAAGAGUCUGUAAAACAAUUUCUAACCACUCCAACCUUAUCUUCCACUGUUUCAAUAGCUAGCUGGCAGUAGAAGAAUUCACUUUUUCUCUCGGUAGACCCGCAAUGGUCUGAAGUUUCCACUGACAUGCAGCACUUUGAUUAAAACCAACCAGAGGCAGUUUGUUUUUGGCUGGCUUAUAAGUUUUGGCCCUUGAGGCACGAUCUUGGCAUCGACACAUCUCCUUCAUAGGGCUCCCUUCUAUUAAAAUGCUUCAAUCUCUCCAUAAAUGCCAAAGAAACUUGUGUACAAAGAUUAGGAAAACCAGCUUUUUGGUGCAGUUUGUGUCAACUAGCUGUGGCAGCAAUACCCCAACUGAUGAGAGCAAGUCACUCAUGAAUUUGUGUCACAUGAGGUCACGUGGUUUAUCAAAAGAAGCCAUCAUUAGUGAAGCAAAAGUAAUCCAAUUAGAAACUGAUACAUGUUCAAAAGUUUCAGCUGUGAUUGAGUUCUUCCAAAACCAUGGGUUUUCUGCAACCCAAGUGAAGAAAAUAAUUGGACUACGCCCUCGUUUUUUAGCAUCGAGGGUGAACAAAACCAUAAAGCCCAAGUUGAAUUUCUUGCAAUCAGUUGGAUUUUCUGAAGAUGAAUGCAGUAAGAUUAUAAGUGCUAAACCCUGCAUACUUGAUAGAAGCAUAAGGAACCAUCUGGCUCCAUCUUUUGAUUUCCUGAAGACUUUCAUGGGUAGUAAAAUGCGAGCACUUGUUGCCAUCAAACAUUAUCCACAAAUCCUUGAUUGUAAGGUCUCUCAUUGUUGGAAGCAGACUGUACAGAUAUUGGGCCAAAUUGGUAUUCCUGAUUCUCAAGUGUCAGAGUUUAUUCAAAAAUCUCCUGUUAUCUUGACUACAAAUCCCCAAAAGAUGAGUGAGGUUGGCUUGAGGCUGAAGGAAAUGGGGUUUGAUGUUACUUCUCCAGCAUUUAGGACAGCUAUUGCCUCAAUGUCUAGAGUUGCUCAUCCCAAAAUGGAAAGGAAAUUUGAAACAUACAGAAGUUUGGGCUUUUCAGAUGACGAGAUCCUUAAUAUAUUCAGAUCGCAGCCAAAUUGCAUGUUUUAUACCGAGGAGAAUAUCAGGGCAAUUGUGGCAUUCUAUGUAGAUAGACACCAUUUUAGCCUAUCACUCUUGUCAAAAAGACCGAAUUUUCUUUUGUGUAGCCUGAAGAGGAGGCUUAUUCCUAGGUGUUCUGUCAUGCAAGUUUUAUGGUCAAGAGGCACUGUUUCAGAAUUUGGCAAGCUAUACCCAAAACUAAUGAUGAGUGAAAAGGACUUCUUAGAGAAGUAUGUUACUAAAUAUGAAACAGAAGUUCCUGAACUGCAAGCUGCCUACAGUGGCGAACUUAUGUUCGAGGAGUACAGUUUUCAUUUGCGUGAAAUUCGUCAGAUGUCAAUGUCAAAGGGAUCAUCUUCAAAAACUAAAGCAGCUUAGUGUUUGCACCAUAUGCUGUCCCAUAUCUCUUCGGUUUUCUUGUUUUAUCAUCAUGUUCUGUCACAUUCUCGGUUUUGAAAUGUAUUGCAUUUUUGCUUCCUUUUUUUCUAUUUGCUGUCACAUUCUUGGUUUUCUUGUUUUAGCUCCUUAUAAUGUGUUUAUAAAGAUACCAGGAUCCAGUAUUGGUAAGCUUAA